CUUCAAAGUUCGCCUUCUCAACUUCUUAACUUCCACCACACCCUCGCCACUAUUACCUCCAGCACUCCUAAACACAAAAAAAAGAACAUUCCGCCCAUUAGCAUUUAUCAUGUCGGAACGUAAGGUGCUCUCUAAGUACUACCCUCCAGAUUUCGAUCCUUCUCAAAUCACGCGGUCGAAGAAACCUAAGGAUGCUGGCCCAAAAGUACAAACUGUACGCCUCAUGGCCCCAUUCUCCAUGAAAUGUACAUCUUGCGGCGAAUUUAUCUACAAAGGUCGAAAGUUCAACGCGCGGAAAGAGACCACAGACGAGAAAUACUAUGCCAUUACUAUAUUUCGUUUCUAUAUCCGAUGUACAAGAUGUAGCUCCGAGAUCACAUUCAAAACAGACCCCAAGAACAUGGACUAUACCUGCGAGAAGGGUGCUAAGAGGAACUUCGAGCCUUGGAGAGAGGCUAAACUCAAUGAAGAGACCGAGGAAGAAAGGCUGGACCGUUUAGAGAGGGAAGAAGCCGAAAAAGAUGCUAUGGCAGAGCUGGAAUUGAAGACCAUCGAUGCGAAGACUGAGAUGGCUAUCGCCGAUGCGCUCGACGAGAUUAGGACACGGAACGCGCGACUAGAGAGAGCAGACAAGGAUGGAGAGGCCACGGUACAGCAAGAUCCAGAGAGCGAGAAAUUAGAAGCGCAAGAAAGGGAAGAUGCAGAAAUCGCACGGAGGGCAUUCGAGAAGCGUAUUGAAGAAGAAAUAUCGACCGAGGUCGGUGUCGGCGGAGCACAUUCAUCUACCACCACAGCUCAAGCAGACAGCGCUGCUAUGCCACCGCCACCGCCGCCAACUUUCAAACGCGCUCCGAAGAAGAAGAAAGAUUUCGGGGCCGCAUUGGGCAUCAAGCGCAAACCUGGGUUGGUCUAAGAGUUGAGAUCCUUUAUUUUAUGUAUAUUAGCCAGCGCCUUGUUCAAGAUACCAUUUCCGUUUCAAUGUUCCGACUCCAGAGUAACGGCCUCCGUUAGGAGUAUAGCCAUAAAGGAUACAAUAGAUCAAGCAAUUCCGAGAGAAUCAGACGGUCGACCCAGUCAGUGCAUGGCACCUCCUAUAGGUCAUCACGACCAUCCAGUGUGAAACGGAUGUUGAUAUGGCUACACUAUUUCCACAAAAAAGUAGACCGGCGACCCUUCGGACCGGCUUACAGAAGUACCCGGGCGGAAUAGCAAUUGGCGUAUAUCUCGAUAGCAUUCAAGGCGAACACAACGUUAAGACUUCAAAAGCACCUACCAAUAUUAU